AUGUCUUCUAUUGCCGACGGUGCAGGUACCCGCGGUCCUCCGAACCGGGACGCUGUGGAGGGCAAGCAAGACAUGGGCGCCAAGGAGCCGAACUGGAUGCCUGACCGGUCGGAACAUCCGCUCCUGGCUAUAGAUUCACGCUUCAAGCAUGACCCUGAGCUGCAGUUUUUGUCAUGGCGAGUCCGCAUCUACCGCUACCUGACCUUGGUGCAGCCUCUCGGUGAUGUCUAA